CCGUGCUGUCUUCUCCUCUUGCACAACUGUGUCGUUCAUCGAACCGCCCCACUGGCUUUCCCUCAUCGUCGCUAAAGGCCAGGUUUCCCCAGGCCAUCCCGCUCCGAACAAUGGCCUCAUUAGGCCCGUGGGGUCCUGUUCAUCCCUUCGCGGCGCUCGACCCGUGUGGCUGCGGCACACUCGGAGUCCCGCCGUGACUUCCUCCCUUUACCGAGUUCGUCUCCCCUGUCGUGCCCUUCAGCUUCUCUUCCGGGGGUAUUUGAUAAAUCGUCCUUGGAUUCCAUGGCUUCUCCCGAUCAGUACCUUCGGGCCGAACUUUUCCCCUCCGUUCCUCGCAAACUCCUGCAAUUCCCGGCGCAUGAUGUCCCGGAGUACCUGCAUCUCACGACUCAUCUCCCCGCGUAUGGACUAAAACACCUGCGCAAGCUGCCUCGCCAUGGAUUCCGAUUCUUGCUCAACCUUCUGCUGAAGCUCCCUUCGUCCCUGGCGACCCUCGAUCUGGAGCAGGUUCUGCGAAUCCUUGAGUUGGCCAAUAUCUGUCAGGAUCACGAAACCAUCUCAGUUCUAAGGUCAAAUCCAUCAAUAACUAACCAAAUCGACGGUUGUGAACAGUAGGUUUGACGGCGACGGCGAGAACGACAAUCUCGGGCCGAUCGAAUCAAGGAACGACAAGUCUAGCGACUCAAAUCUAGAUCUAUGCACGAAUACAAAGUAAGGAUAUCU